GAAUAGUGACCUUGGUUCAUUUGGUUACCCAUUCAAAUGAAGGACAUUUUGUGCUCCCAAAUUUUGGGUUUUUAAAUUCGCUUACUCAGGAAGUCAUAGUCAAAUGCAUAAGUAUUUUUAAAUGCCGGAUCCUACUUUCUGUAUAAAACACUGUUCAGUGUGUCUGGUUCUUUCGUGUGAUGCAUUUGAGUGUUUUGUCACUGACUGUCCAAAUGGAUGUGGCAUGCGUAUGCACUCUUGCAAAAUCAAUGACCAUGUUGACCAGAUAUGUCCCAAAACAAUAGUUCCUUGUAUUAACAAAGAAGUUGGUUGCCCCUACUUUCUAUGUCGUGAGGACAGAUCCUUUCACUUGCUCACUUGCCCAGCUAGUGUCGUUAGCUGUAAUGCUCGGUGCCCUUGGCUUUUCAGUCAAUCCGAAACGAAAACAGACUCUCUUGUCGCUUGCACUGUCAAUCCAAUCAUUCAUUCUGCCUCAUGUAAUUCAUAUAUUAGUCGAUCAAUCAAUACAUCUGAUCCUUCCAUUACAGGAGUUGACAAUGUCAGUAAUCAACGGCCUUUACCUACUCAUACUGAACAAAUCACCAAUGUACUGAAGUUAAUCAAUGAAGAACAGAUUGAUAAAACAGUAACUAGCAAAUUUGUUGACUCCCCGUUAUCAUCUUAUAUGUGUGAUCAUCCAGGAUAUGUUUGUGGACGUACCGUUCACAGAACUAAUUAUGGAUCACAUUAUCAAUUACAUUGUAAUGUACAAGCUCAAUUGGAUGGUUGGAUAGAACUUAGAUGUCCAUUGUCUUUUUUAGGCUGUAAAUAUGCUGUUGUCAAUCUUCGUCCCAACAGUGAACAUAAUCAUUUGUUAUAUAAUCCAACACUGGCCACAUUUACAACACGAUGUGAAUCAGAAAGUAUUGAUUAUAACAAUUCUAUAUAUUCAAAGUCAACAAAUUUACAUUAUGACUUUGAUUUUGAUAAAUUACCAGCAGAACUAUUAGUAUAUUUAUCCUUUUUCUUAGAUGAUAUGUCAUUACUAUGUUUAUCUAGAGUUUCACAAAGAUUAUCACUUAUUUAUAAGGAUAUCCUAUAUGCAAGACUUAUUGUUACACCGAAAUGGGAUAAGAUACACUAUAAAUCAUCAGAUAUAUUCUCAUGGAGAAUUACAGGAUUUAUAUGGUCAUUUCCACAACGUGCUGAAUCGAUUAUUAGCUGGAGAUCAGCACAUGGUGCAUCAGCUAGAGCUAAAAUCGCUGCGCAUUUAACCAAUUGUCAUUAUAAUGAUAAAACGAUACGCGUAUUUCCUUUCUGUUAUUUAGAGUAAACAAGCUUCUACUUCGUUUUGAAAGCCAUGACCACCAAGUGCCUAUAUGUUUCAUCGCUUUAUGAAUUUUACAUUUCCCGCCUACCUGUCUGCGUCAGGUGUAAUUAAAUUACAGAAUAAUGUAGAAAUGUGCCUUCACUUUUUUUUUCUGUCUUCUGUUAUAUUUCACUUCAAUUUUUAUGAUGUAUGUUUGUCUUUUUUUUAUUUCAUUAGGUUAAAGUACUACAACAUAGGAAUGAACUUUCCAUUUCUCUAUAUCUUGUAUCCUUCUUCACCAUUACAUUAGGCUAUGAUUGGUUGUCACCGUCGUCUUUUCUGUACAUACUUACACGUAUAUACCAACCAACACCUCUAAUGACUACUAAGCAAAGUUAGUUAAUUAUAGAGGAUAAGUGUUCACUUGACUUCAACAAAAAUGUCAUCAUUUCAGUGAUAUUAUUAUGAUUAAUUUACUUUGUCUUUCAGUUAUAUUUCUUCUCCUCUCAAAAGUGAUUUAUUUUUUUCAUUUUGAAUUAUUAUUAUUAGUAGUAUAGAUUAUUGUAUAAAUAUAUUUGUAUAAACAUACAUAUGUGG